AGACGCAGGAUGUUGGGGCUACCUGCUUAUCAGCAAGUUGUGCGCAUCGGACGUGAACACAAGAACCCAAUUUUCCUUGACGUCGGCUGCUGCUUUGGAAAUGUCAUCAGGGAAGUAAUUCUUGAUGGUUUUCCUGCAGCUCAAACGAUUGGAACUGAUCUCCAUCAAGAACUCUGGGAUCUGGGGCAUGAACUCUUCAAGUCGUCUCCAGAGACUUUUCCAGCUCACUUCGUGGGCGGGGACGCUUUUGACCCAGAAAUCCUCGCUGUGGCUCCGCCUGCGUCCCCACAGACAACAGAAGUUUCAACUCCUGACCUCAAUAGCCUCACUUCGUUGAAUUCGUUACGCGGAUGUGUUUCCGCAAUUCACGCAACAGCCUUCUUCCACCUGUUUAAAGAAGAUCAACAGCUGCACAUGGCCCGUGCUUUUGCUGGCCUUCUCUCUGCUGAACCAGGCUCCAUCAUUCUCGGAGCGCACGCGGGUGCUCAACAGAAGGGUGUCGUGAAUCAAGUAUAUUGGGGUAUCGAGGUUGACAUGUUCGCCCACAGCACCGAAAGCUGGACUUCUAUGUGGGAUGGUGAAGUAUUCGAGAAAGGAACGGUCAAGGUGGAUGCACAGUUAAGGGAGGUAUCCGAAGAUGUGGGAGGCGAUGAACGUUAUCCGGUGUUGCUCUGGUCUGUGACCAGACUGUGAGCAUGUGUUUUUUUUGCUUCCUCGCCAUUGCUAGAGUCUAGACUAGGCUAUUAAAUAUGCACCAUGAUUCCGCACGAAAUGCAGGUGAGGUGGAGUGAAGAAUCCCGGUAGAGACGCCCUCAGUCCCGUGCA